AUGUGGCGAAGCUCUUGGCGUGUUGCAGCUCGCCGCGUCGGGGCGCAGCGUUUCCGAAGCUACAAAGCCAAUGGUGAUGCUCGCCGGUUUGAACCAGCUUCGUUUUUGUCUGCUGGCUAUGUUGUCGCUGGCGCUGGUUUGGCGGUAGCAGCGAUCAUUAGCUACAAUACACGAGAAGAGAAGACGCUAUUAGAGUCACGAUCGAAAUAUAACAACGUACUGUCGCGAAAUUUUAUUGCUGAUGCUGUGGAGAAAGCAUUUCCUGCCGUUGUGAACGUUGCUGUGGAUUCAGGAUACGUUGGUAGCAAUGGAUCGGGUUUCAUAAUCUCGAAGGAAGGUUUGAUUGUAACAAAUGCUCACGUUGUCGCGCGAUGCAAUCGUUACUCCAAGAUCCAGGUGACGUUCGCCGAUGGCAGCAACCACCCUGCUGUCAUUCACAGCACGGAUCCUCUUUCGGACAUUGCUCUUCUCCAGAUUAAAUCUGACGAAGUGCAAGAGUGGCCUAUGAUUUCAAUCGCAUCAUCGUCUGAGUUGCGGGCUGGCGAGUGGGUGUGCGCUCUCGGCAGCCCAUUUUCCUUGCAAAACAGCGUGAGUGCUGGCAUCAUCAGUGCUGUAGCUCGACACAGCAGCGAGUUGGGCUACCCGCAGAAAGGUGGCGAAUACAUCCAGACGGAUGCGGCCAUCAAUGCUGGAAACUCUGGCGGUCCGCUUAUCAAUCUGGACGGUGAGGUGAUUGGCAUUAACACAAUGCAAGUGUAUGGAAGCGUGGGCAUUUCUUUUGCCAUUCCGGCUGAUACGGCAGUCCAAGUAAUUGAGCAGCUGCGUAAGCACAAAAAGGUGGUGCGUCCGUACAUUGGCAUGCAGAUGAUUAACUUCAACUCCCGAGAACUGAAAGAGAUCGGCCGGAUGUUUCCGGGCGUGAAGGAAGGUGUUAUCGUCAAGUCAGUCGCCCCAGGCUCACCAGCCCACAAAGGAGGUUUGCUUUCCGGCGACGUGAUUGUCUCGUUCGACGGGAAGAAGGUUUGUAGCACCAAGGACAUUUUAACAACGGUGGGCUACACUAUCGGACGUCAUAUACCUGUCCAGGUACAGCGCCGUGGGGAAAAGCGUCUACUAAAGCUGCAGGUCACGACAGAACCACUACCUGCUCCACUGCAGCAGUUAAAAAGCUAA